AUGUCAGAUGAAAAGGAUUAUUGGAAUAUAACCCAAUUUAUUCAUUUCUCUUUUCGAAUGAAAAAGGCUCUAUUUUCUAUUGCAGAUAACAUUUCUGAAGUAUAUAGUUUACCUGGGAUUCAUGAAGGUAUUAACAGUCAAAAACCUUUAAGAGCUGUGAUUAACAUCGAUAUUUCGAAAGGGAAUAUGAAAACAGCUGAUAUCAAGAGACAAGAAGAAGAUAUUCUUAAAGUGUUAAUAAUUACUACAUCAUUGGAUCCUAACAAGUAUAGCUAUCAUAUUUUAUAUGCACUAGCUCUCCUUAUUAAUCAUCAUGAAUUCAAAGCAUUCACUGAAUUAGAUAUAUUACAAAAAUACGCAGAUCUAGUUUUGCAAAAGUAUUCUAAAUAUCUUAGGGAUUGGACUAUUGAAGAAAAGGACUCAGAAAACUUUGUAUAUUUUAACCGAAAAGCUUCACUAGAAUAUUCAGGCUUCCCUAAAGCCUUCGUAGAAAUACCCACAUGGGUCAAGUAUAAUGAAACCCUUACGACUACAGAAACAUAUAUGAAAAGAUAUAUAAGACCAUUACCCAAUCAAGGUAAUAUUUAUGUAGGGUCACCUUGGGAAACUGAAAAAACAUACAUUCUCAAAUAUCUUACUAUUUCUGAUGUUGUAAAUUUGCUAGUAUUAUUCAUACGCUACUCUUACUCAAAUGCUGUUACUACAAGACUUAAUCUUAAGUCAUAUUGUGAUAUUGAUGAUGCUAGACGCAUUAUUGUUAUGGAUAAUGAUCUAACAGAUCUUAACAUUGAAUGGCCUUCAAAGGAUAUACAAGGGAUUGUUCAUGCUCUUAAAACUGAUUUUUCAGAACUACAGAUCAAGGAAUAUCAUGGUAAAUCUGAUCCUAUGGAAAAGGCUUAUGACUUCAGUAACGUAGAAGAAUCAUGA